UCCAAGGCCACAAUUGUCAGGUCUCCGCUUCGCAACAACGACGAUGGCGAUGGCGAUGGCGAUGCCAACCAACGCUGGGGUCGGCGCAGGAUCCCCCCUCCUCACCGACUUGCCGUCGUGUGGGCUUGGAUUGAGCGUUCGACCAACCGAGGUGCAUUGAAACGACGGUGUGACGAUGAAUUCUGGUGAUUUCGCAGAAGGAUUGACAUCGGACGAAGAUUUAGAACCGUGAGGUCGGAAACCAAUGUGUUGGCCAAUUGCACUGAGGUUCGAAUCGACGAAUCUCGGGUAGCUACAAAAUCCGCGGCGAAAGAAGUGCUUGUAAUUCGCGCUCUUGAAACGAAGGGAUUGAUCACCCACACGAGCGUGUUUUUUCGAAGUCGUUUGACAGAAACGUUGUUGACGUAGUACAUGACUUGGGCUACGCUCUUGGUUCUACAGUCUGAUUUUCCAGUAUUGUAUGCUCUAUUUGCAGGGACUUGAGUGUGGAAGAUUUGAUUGAUGAAAGUUCCCGAAGUGGGCUGAAAAUUUCACCAUAUCAUACACAGCGUUGCAAUCUCUUGCAUUUUUUCCUUGGAAUAACUUCUUGACACGGGAUUGCAAGCUAAGCCUCGUUUUGCCAGAGGCUCACUUCGAGCCGAAUUUCUCAAUUCUGCAAACUAGUUGCUACGUUUCAAUUUUAGUCAGCUACGCUCUGGCGUUUGCCAACUUCAUGUUCGAUGACUUGCUAUGGAGUUAAUCCACUUUGAACGAGUUUUCUAGUUCAUAGGUCGGCGAAGCUUGCACUUGCACUGAUUUCAUUACCCUUGAAUAUACUUCACUUACUUAAGCCUUGUGAAGAAGUGUUACCUAUGGUUCUGAUUGCUAUGUAUACAUCUUCUUACACAACAUUCAGAUCGAUCCAUUUUCAAAUGGAGUUAAAGCAGAAUAUUAAAGCAAUGUUCCCGAUUUAGGACAAGCUUUCUUUUCUCGGGGACUACAACGCACCGUUAAAUCGAAAUUAUGUCGAUUGGAGCUGGGAACGGUGACUUUCAACGCUGAAAUAAGAGUGUAGGGAAUGAUGAAAAUAGGCGUUGGCGCCGCAAGUUGGGGAGAGACCCAAUAGUCGGACGUCAGUGAGAAUAUUUCGAAACAAAUAAAGGAACUAAACAUAAGAAAAGAGGCGCGAGGUGGCGCUCUCACAACUGAGACGCCAACAUCCGAGGCUCUGAGGAGCAGGAGGAGUGAGUUGUCUUGGAAUCCUGAGUGUGGCUGUCGUUGUGAUUAUUCCUCCGUGAGCACCAUCGGAGCCAAGUUUUGAAUGAUUUUAAUUUUGGUGGCACAAGGAUCUUCAUCUUCCACAUGAGAAACUGCGUUCGUUGGGCAACCCAGGUGCUGUAGCCCCUCGGUCCUAUCAGGGGCAAAAUGUCUUGCCAGGGGUUCCUCCAGUGCAUCCUUAAGUCCAUCAACUUCUUGGUGACUCUCGUUGGGACAUUCAUGAUAAUCUACUCCCUGUGGAUGCUGAGAGAAUGGAGCUCUGUCGCGGGUCAUGAACCACGAUCGUCUUCUUUUGCUCUUGUUUUAUCAAGUGGUAUUCCUGCUUUGUCCAGCUGGGGCUUUAGUUUGCCUGCUGAACUGCGCAAUCGUGAAGGAGCUAUUACAGAGAACCUUGCAAGAUCACUCUUGAAGGACAACUUACAGCUGCCAAACCUCCCUGCUCCUUGGUUCAUCUACGUGUUCUUAUGUGCCGGGGCGAUCACAUGCUUUGUCUCCCUGACUGGCCAUGUUGCAGCGGAGUUAAAAAACAGCUUCUGUCUUUCUUGUUACAGUGUACUUCAAGUUGUGCUCAUAUUGGCACAAUUCGCAGUGAUUGCGGCUCUUUUUUUUGACCGACAUUGGCGAGAUGUACUUGGAAUAUUUUUUGCAUUUGUUCUCCGGGCUGUCACGGUAAGCGCACAAAGAGGCUAUGAUAGUGAUGAAGACUACAUAGCUGCCAGGUCAGCUGGCCGUCAGCCUGGAGGCAACCGGCAGGUAAAUCAGGCCAACCCUGCUCCGGGUUCUGCCGCUGCAGUAGAAGCCCGAGCUCCCCGUCUCGAUGCUUGGAGCACAAGGAUGCGAGAGAAGUAUGGCUUGGACACCAGUGAGUUCACAUCUAAACCGUCUGAGUCGAGGAGACCCUUACAACCAAAUCAGACACCUGGUCCAGUGGAGCAACAGAAUUUUUGCACCAUCAUGUAGACCACGUCUACUUUGUCAUCUUCCACUCUAUUCUAGCUUUUAAUUUGUACCUUUUACAAGGAAAAUGGGCAUACCUUUCACUCUCUACUUUUGAGCGUGAGUGAUAGCCGCUCUACGGUGUUGGGAGUAGAAAUUGCUAAAAAUCUAAGAUUUGAAAUGGUGAACAAGAUUGGAUUCUCAUGCAGAUCAUGGAUACCUUGACUUCGUGAUAUUCUUAGCUUCCUAUCUCUAUCUCCAGUGUUGGUGGCUUUCAGACUCCUGACUGGUAUAGAACAAUGAAGUCUUGCACAGGCCAGCAUAAAUGGCCAGAAGUGGCUGUUAUAGUGCACGUAUUAUAUUAGUCCUAUUGGGCAAAUUGUUUCUCCUAUAUAUUAUAAUAUCAUUCUUUGCAAUAGCUAAUGCAUAA